CCCAAGGUGUCUCACAUGUGACAUAUAUGAUCAGUGGCAAGUGCCACUGUACCUCAUGUGUGUCCGAACAAUAGAGCUAAGGUAUCCAAAAAGCCGUUCACUUCCUCUCCGUUCACAGGCCAUUAUUUGCCUAUCUAAGCCUCUUUUGCAGUCUUUUGCCUGCAAUCUCAAGUGAUUCCAGCACCUUGGGACUAAACGAUCCUUUGUCAACGAUAUCCCCUUUUAUUAUGAAACGCACAAAGAAAUUUCCAAAUAACGGAUGUAUAAAUGGCGAAACCUUUUUAGACCUCGAUUUCUCGAAGGCCUUCCACUGCCAACUGUUGCGGCAGCCACUCAGACUCAGUUUUUCAUACUGUACAGUAAGAAGACUACUUUUGUCUCUUUCCUCUGUGCUAUUGUCCUUGUUAUUGAUAUCUCUCAGGGUAUCACAUACACUGUUGAGGGCCACGUAAAGGCAGAUAUGGACUCAUUGGUGUUACUGCAAGCUACCGAGCAUAGAUCAGGUUUUGACAUCUCGCGCUCGUUUUCUCCGUUGCUGCCUCCAGAAAAACACGCGAGUGAUUCCUUCGAUUUUAUCGAUGUCCCUCAUGCCCUUUCUUCGACAAAUUCUCCUAAACACCUUGGACCAUCUCCUGCACCAAGGAAAGAAAAUAGGAAACAAAAUUUGCCUUCCCUUAAUCAAUUCAAGGAGGUACGGGGAACCCCGUCUCCUGCACUGCGAUACAACCUUCUACCCCUGAUUCAGAAAAGGGGGAACACGAAACGAGGCAGAACAUCCCUUUACGGGAACCCCAAAUCUUCAGACACUAAACCGCUUGUAAAUGACAAUACAGCAAUAAUUGCAUCAAAUGACCCAUUGGGUACAAAUGUAUUUGAUAAAUUACCAGAGGUAGCUCUUACACCGACACUACCGUUUCACAGUACAGUACUUUGUGCUGAAGUUCACAAAGCCAAUAAACCAGCUCUUUGCGAGGUCAUCUCGUCGCGAGCCAUACACAGCUGUGAUACUCUUACACCAAAAAGUGGGGAGGGUAAUCAGUCAAAAAUUUCUCCCCUAAACCAAGAUCGGGAUCCUCAUGUGCAUUCUUCUACUUUACUUGCAGUCUCUCCUUCCUCAGAUGUACGAUGUUCUUCAUUUGCUUCAAUGCAACGCGAAAUUCUUCACCAUCCACUUUCACCAACCCAACACACAGGACCCUUAAUCCCCGUUGUUUUCCCAGUACCGCCUGUUGAAAUCGGUACCGAUCCAUCCGAUUUUUCGAUUCCGCCGAACGACGAAGGCCGAAGCUGCCAAGUUUUUUGGGAUGCCCCUCAAAAUGAGCAUUUUAUUAGUGCUUACGACCGUGGCAGUAGCCUCGUUGAGGAAUACGAACCUCCUUCCGUCCGUCGGUUUUCCGAGGCAGCUGCGUCCUCCGAAACAUCCGAAGUUGCCGUUAGAGAAGGCGAUCGAGAGAGAAUCAUCAACAAAAUUCUUGCCGAUCAACCUCUACUGCGUAUGCACUCCGUCCCGUCAGAAGUCUACUCGCACUCAAGACCAGCGACACCUCCGCCGCCACAUGUCAAAGACGAAAAAGACGAGUCGGCCACCAACGACUCAACGUCAACCUCGACAUCAUUAUCCAUUGAUCUCCAAGAUGAGACUACCGUUGCUGAAGUCACAGAUAUCCUCGUUACGUCCGAACGCUUCGACGAUGUUCAAAUUCCGCAUACGACUGGUAUUAAGCCACUUUUCGGUGGUUCAGUUCCGGAUGACGAAUAUUUGCCUACCCCAAGGAAUAGCCCACCUUCUCCAAAUACCCUGUCAACUCCAUCCACCUUCAUUUCCUGUCUCGCUGGAAAAACUUCUUCACCCCAUGAAUCCCGGGUCCUUUCGAUUAAUCAGUCAUCUCAUCCUCCACCUCCUCACUUAUCUAUUUCUUCGGAUUCUUCGUCCUCGAAUCUUGACUUGCUGCCAUCGUCACGAAAUUUUCCUCAAACUUCGAACAGUGCAAAAAUAUCCAAACGUCGACGUCAGGCACCUGCUUCAUCUCUUACAUCCCCUUCGAGGUCUUGCAUCGGAAAACGUUUAUCAUUUGGACAGACAUCACUUUAUUCACAAACUACCGCAAACGUUGAGCCUACUCGCAGGCCCGAGCCCGAAACAGUUCGCAGCUCGGGCGUGAAGAAAGAACAGGUUGUGAAGAAGGAAGAAGCUGUGAAGGAGAAAUGCAAAGAGGAAAAGGUUGUAAAGAAAGAGACCACUGCCAGGGAGUUGGUGAAAAAGGAAAAAGCGCAGGAGGUAAAAGAAGAAAAAGUCGCGAAACACGAGGAGAAAUCGGUCAAAAGGGAGAAGGUUGUCAGAGAGGAAAAACAUGUGAUAAGGGAAAAGAGGAUGAAGCGGAGGUUGGAUCUAAUACCGUCGGAACGAAACGCUGCAAGGAAUCCUCGGCCGGAGAAACGCCAUAGACUUUUCCUCAACGAAAUUCAUGUCAAUCUUUGGAUCAACGAUAUACAGAGAAUCUCUUACCUGGACAAAUCGUACCAAGUGUUAGACCAUAUUGACGGCCUGAAGUUGUUCAACGUUCUCGUCGAUAUCGAGGAAAGGAGGUUUGAAGUCACCCUAGAACUGCUCGGUGCGGGCAAUCCUUCCUUGGCGAAAUCGCUGGGCCAGCUGAGGAAACAUCGGACGCGGUAUGAUACAAUGUUUGACCUCAAGAUCAGGUACAAGGCAUCUCAACUGGUCGAUUAUUUCGCGCAGAAAUAUAACGUGGCUAAUCCACACGACGGUGGCAGUCAGAUAUGAUAUUUCGUCUUUUAUCAUAACUUACCAGAAGUGCUGUAUGAACUGUAUAUCUUCGUAGACCUUUUUACAUCAAUGCUAUACUUGCCCGAAAAAGUUGCAUGAAA